AGAGACAAUCACCUGAAGUAGGUGAAAACUCAGCUGCAAGAGUAAGUCACUCAUAUCAGAUGCUUUGAUUUAUUCUAACAGAUACAAUCACCUGAUAUUUUGUCUACCUAUUGUUUUUACAGAGUGUGAACAAAAAAUCACAACCAAAAUGUGUCUUACUUGAUUGGGCUGGUUCUGAUGUAAAAGUUGCUGAGGGAUGUAUUAUUUCUUCUGAUCCGGGUGAAUUAGUUAAUGACUGUCCCUUAGGCCCUACGGAUGUUAAAGUCUUGAUUGACACUGCUAUUGAACCAGAAGCAUUCCUUUGGAGACCUGCGGCUAACAUGUUCACCAUUGAGAAAGCUGUUGGACAUAUGAUUGCAUGGCCUGCUGCUAUGUGUGUUAACCUAGAAGAGGAUCUCCAACAAGAAGACAUUGAAGCCCAGGGACCAAGACCUAACUCUGUGAACAAAUGCAAACUACUGGAUUUGUCUUCAGAUGAGGUUGUUGUUGCAGAAGGACGUUGGCAAACACAAGAACAAAACGCAUUAGUCAAUGGGCUUCCUCUCGGACCAGUAGCAGUAAAGAUAUUUGUCGAUGCAGUUCUUCAACCAAAGACUUUUAUAUGGAGGCCAACGAUGGAUGUGACAUACUUUGAGGACUGUUUAAUGUCUUAUGUAGCAUGGCCUGUCCACAAAGUGAUCUUUGAAAACCCUACAGAUGCAACAUGUCAGAAAUCUCCACUUCAGACUUCUGCUGCAAGAGGAAAAUCACCAUUGUAAGCAGCAGCAUCAGUAGGAAAAUCAGCAGCAUCAGGGAA